AGUGGGUCUGUCGCUUCUCUGCACCUCCGUCCCGGGCUGGACUUAGGAGCACCACCCACUUGCCAUUUCUGGCCUUUGGAGAGAAAUUUGCAGCAGAUGAAGGCAAUCGAUUGGCCUGGUUAGAGGCUGACCAGAAGAACAGGGCAAGCAUGGAAAAGCAAGGCUCAGCUGGCCUAGAAACAGGAGAAGAACCUCACAGCAUCCACGCUGGAAAGAAUGAGACAUUCUGCAAAAGAACUGCCCCAAAUAUCCUGAGUGGGGACACAUCCCGCUCAGAUACAGAGUGCUGGCGCUUCAGGCGCUUUCUCUACCAGGAGGCUGAGGGGCCCCGAAAAGUUUGCAGCCGACUCCACCACCUUUGCCAUCAGUGGCUGAAGCCAGAUAGGCACAGCAAGAAGGAGAUCCUCGACUUGGUGGUCCUGGAGCAGUUUCUGGCCACCCUGCCCCCAGAGAUGGAGAGCUGGGUCAGGGAAUGCGGACCAGAGACCAGUUCCCAGGCGGUGGCCCUGGCAGAAGGCUUCCUCCUGAGCCAGGCAGAGGGCAAGAAUCAAGACCAGCAGGGUCCAUCAGAAGGGGCUGCUGAUUUCUCCAAGGCACAGCAGGAUCCAUUAGACCUCAGGCAGAGGUUUACCUUCAGGGGGAUCAUACAAGAACAUAAUGGAGGGGCUGCCAAUCUGGGUAGUGGAAGGAGACUGCUGGGUUGUUCUGGGCCUCCCCCUCUUUGUGGUAGACCGGAACCAUCGUCUGUGCUACCAGAUGAGGGUCUGAUGACCUUUGAGGAUGUGGCUGUGUACUUCUCAGAGGAGGAGAGGACUUUGCUGGAUCCGGGCCAAAAAAUUUUGCACAGGGAUGUCAUGGUGGAGAACUGGAGGAAUCUGGCCUCUCUGGCAGGAGGUGUGCAGGAAUCAGCAAGUGAAACAAAAAAGCAUCCAGUGAUGGAGAAAGAAAAUAAAUAUCCAGAUGUCAAAGAGAUUGUUGAAAAUUAUGAUGCAGUAAGGAAGGAGGAGGGAAAAGGGAGGGAGAAAUCCUGUGUUUCACAUGGUGAUGAUUCUCAUAAAAUUCCACUACUUCAAAAAAUACACACAGGAAUGAACAAUACAUUCAAUAGGAAUGAACAACCUACAACUGAGCAAAAUGUUCUCAAGAUAUCAGCCAUCAAUAUACAUUAUAAGACACAUAACGGGAAGAAAAUAUUUAAAUGCCUUACAUAUGGAAACACCUUCAAGGAGAAAGAUAACCUCACCUCCCAUCCAAUAAAUCAAACAGAGGGGGAGAAAUAUAAAUGCCUGGAGUGUGGAAAAAACUUCAGUCGGAGUUCACACCUUAUUUCCCAUCAAAGAAUUCACACAGGUGAGAGACCGUAUAAAUGCCUGGAGUGCGGAAAAGGCUUCAGUCAGAAUGGAAACCUUAUUUCCCAUCAAAGAAUUCACACAGGGGAGAAACCAUAUAAAUGCCUGAACUGUGGGAAAAAAUUCAGUCAAAGGGGAAGCCUUGCUUACCAUCAAGGAAUUCACACAGGGGGGAAAAAGUAUAAAUGCCAGGAGUGUGGAAAGAGCUUCACUAAGAGUGGAGGCCUUACUUACCACCAAAGAACUCACACAGGGGAGAAACCAUAUAAAUGUCUGGAAUGUGAUAAAAGUUUCAUUUGCAAUUCAAGCCUUAGUUGCCAUAAAAAAACUCACACAGGGGAGAAAAAAUAUAAAUGCCUGGAAUGUGGAAAAAGCUUCAGUCGGAGUUCACACCUUAUUUGCCAUCGAAGGAUUCACACAGGGGAGAAACCAUAUAAAUGCCAGGAGUGUGGAAAAAGCUUCCGUCAGGGUGGAAACCUUACUUCCCAUCAAAGAACUCAUACAGGGGAGAAACCCUAUAAGUAUGUGGAGCAUGGAAAAAGCUUCAGUGAAAAGGAAAGCCUUAAUUCCCAUGAAAGAAUUCACACAGUAGAGAAACCCUAUAAAUGCAUGGAGUGUGGAAAAAGCUUUAAUCAGAGUGGAAGCCUUACUUCACAUCAAAGAAUUCACACAGGGGAACAACCAUAUAAAUGCCUGAACUGUGGGAAAAGGUUCAGUCGCAGUGAAAGUCUUACUUAUCAUCAAAGAACUCAUACAGGAGAAAAACCAUAUAAAUGUCUGGAGUGUGGGAAAAACUUCAUUUGUAAUGCAAGCCUUAGUCGCCAUCGAAGAAUUCACACAGGGGAGAAAAAAUAUAAAUGCCUCGAGUGUGGGAAAGGCUUCCGUCAGAGUGCGCACCUUACUACUCAUCGAAGAACUCACACAGGGGAGCAACCAUACAAAUGCCUGGAAUGUGGAAAAAGCUUCAGCCACCGAGGAAACCUUACUACCCAUCAAAGAGUGCACACAGGCGAAAAACCACAUAAAUGCCUCGACUGUGGAAAGAGCUACAGUCGAAAAAUAAGUCUUACUUUUCACAGCAGUAUUCACACAGGGGAGAAACCGUAUAAAUGCUCCGAAUGUGGAAAAAGCUUUGGUCACAGCAGGCAACUUACCUCCCAUGAAAGAAUCCACAAAGGGGAGAAACCAUAUAAAUGCUUGGUGUGUGGAAAGUGUUUUACUGCAAGUUCAACCCUUAAUUCCCAUCAAAGAAUCCACACAGGGGAGAGACCAUAUAAAUGCUCCGAAUGUGGCAAAAGCUUUAAUCGGAAGGGAAACUUUAUUUGCCAUCAGACAGUCCACACGGGGGAGAAACCAUAUAAAUGCUCUGAGUGUGGAAAGAGCUUCAGUUACAGCAGAAGACUUAUUACCCAUCAAAGAAUCCACACAGGGGAGAAACCAUUUAAAUGCUCUGAGUGUGACAUGGGCUUCAGAAACUAUUCAUGCCUUACUUAUCAUCAAAGAACCCACACAGGGGAGAAACCAUACAAGUGCUUGGAGUGUGGAAAAGGCUUUAGUCGGAAUUACUCCCUGGUCUUGCAUAACACAGUCCACACUGGGGAAAAGCUGCAUAAAUGCUUCCAGUGCGGCAAGAGCUUCAGCCGCAAGCCUGACCUUACCAGGCAUCACGAAGUCCACGCAGGGGAGCAACCUUGCUUCCCAUCAAAGGAAUCAGAAGAAGGGGAAGCUGUAGAAAUGUUCACUCAGUGGCUGGAAUUUUUGUGCUAAUUCAGGCCAGAUUUAUACAGCUAUUGAAUGGGUUCUGGUUGAGACACAUUCAGUUCUCAGAUGAAAGCAUUAGGAUACAGUUGGUUAUAAAAUGGGGGCGAGGUCUCCUCCCUCUUUAACACACGUUAUGGAGAGGAUUCCUUUGUGAGGGGUCAUAGAUCCAGAGGAGUUAGCCGUGUUGGUCUGUAGUAGCAAAAUUGUGACGAGUCCAGUAGUGCCUUU